GCUUUUUAUACCUUUGGAGGAUCGAGCGAUUACGUCCCUGUAUCAUUUUCAUCUACAUCAGAAUCACAUCCUCAAAAGAACGCCACGUCCAAAAAAAAUGUCUUCUCAACGUACCGACUUUCCACCAGUCUCCUUCUCUGCAAGAUACCCCCAGAAGAGUCUUCGGUUACUAGAAUUGCCACAUGAGUUGGUGGCUACGAUAGAAGAAGGGAGGAAAAUCGGUUCUGCUACGAGGAUGCAACUCAAGUCAUCUUCGACGAGCCAAGGUUAUCUACACCUCUGCACCAAUGACAAAAUGUGGGCUGUCAAGCAAGUCAGUACCAGUAACAGCGUUUACGUCACGGAGAGCACUGGAGCUGGUGGUGAACCACGUAGUAGUAAGAGGAGGAAAAUCGAACAUGAAAAGGACGAGGAGGAGAUGGAUGUGGACCAACAACAAGACCAAAAACAAGACGACAAUGGAGAGGUGACGGCAAUCUCUCAAGUCAAGAACAUACUCGAAUUGAUCCAUGUCGACACGGACGCCAUCCAGCUCGAGGCCAUGGUCAGGGAUAUGCUACCUCUAUAUCACAAUGACGAUGACGACGAUGACGCCGACGUGGAAAGGUACUCGAAAGGUGACAGAUACAUCAGGAUUGAAGACAUGCUCCAUGACAUCCCCGCGCCGGACAAGGUCAUUCUCGAUGCCGCGCGCAAGUUGUUCGUGUUUGGUCUGUCGAUAAAGGGCGACGACCAUGAACGAGUCGCACUCUGUAUGCCCACUUCAUCAUUACUGCUUCGGGCGUGGAAAUCGCUCAUGCAGACUUACACCCUUUCAUCAUUCAAGUCGGAGGACUGGAACGAUGUGAAAGGCUGGCUCGGCCCGGUUCUGGCUGACAUGAAGCGCAACAUUGAUGACGAAACCGAAAGCGCUCUCCUCACUUCGGUUGCCAUGGCGAGUUUAAGACGAUUUGCUAUCUUUCAAGAAAGGGAUCUGAAUUGCCGUCAGUCCCCCCACGAUACGUUUACCACGAUGCCCCCGGAAACUGUAGGCUGGGACGGCAGUGGGGGUUGCGCGGUCGUGGGAAAGUGGCUUCUCGAGAGUCUUUACAACAAUAACAAAUCAAACACGGCGGCGGCGGCAGCAGCGUUGUCGGUGGAAGAAUUCAAGCAACAAUGGGAGCAGAUUUUGCCCGACUCUUGGGCCAAAGAUUGUGACGUGGUCUCUCUGAUCAAGUCCAGUAGUGUCGAGGUGGAGGUCGUAACAGACGGCCAGGGAACGGAGGUGUUGAAGUUCCCGACAAUCACAGCACAUGGUGACCUUGGCCGCGUGACGGCGGUCAACAAAAGUGCAGGUAUUGCUGGCGCCGCUGGCACUACCGCCACCGCCGCUGUAAACGAUGCCAAAGCACAGAAGAAGAGAAAGUGGCAUGAGAAAUUUGGCGCGCAGAGAAAUCCUGCCAUGAAGAAAUAAAGAAGACAAACGGAAAUCUUGUGAUAGAACUAGAGUGUUCAUGUAAGGUACUCAUGUGGUUAUGACCCAGCGUG